AUGUUCCACAUAAUUUUGCUAUUGACCCUUUUCGGCCCUUGUGUUGUGGUUAAAGGAUUUAUGGAUACCGAAUUGGCUUUGAGCUUUUUUAGAGGGAAACAUUUAAAGCAUAAUGUGGUAUUGACUUGUAGUGAAAAGAAAGGGCAAGUUGAGAUAUUGAAGAAUCUCACCAAAGAAAAAGAUAUGGUAAUAUCUGUGAAAUUGAUUAAAAAUUUGGAUAUCCAUGGUUCAAUCGUAUUUGACUAUAAUAAAGCAGGAGUUGUGUUGGAUGCAGAUUGCGUAGGAGCCGAAGAACUACUUAUAAGGUCCAGAAGAUAUAGAGUCUUCGAUACAAAAACCUUUUGGUUAAUGCUUCAUAGCUCCAACAACUAUGGCCAUCUAUUCAGAUAUGUAAACCUGAAUGUAGAUUCUGACAUAAAAGUUGCUUAUCCAGCUAACGACUCAGAGAUCUCAAAUAAAAAGUACACAAUUGACGAUGUCUAUAAUCAGGCUUACGAAAAAGACGGGGAAUUUAAGUCUAAAGAAGCUGGAUUUUAUGAUACUCAAUAUGGUUAUCAGGUUUUAGAGAAGGAGAAUAAAUAUUUUGUGAGGCGGAAUUUAACUGGAGUCAAAUUUAGGUCGGCUGUUGUGGUACCAGACCCCAUUGACGGUUCCUUGGACGAUUAUUUGAGAAAUGAUAGGGACCUUGAGUUGAAUGCUUUAAAUCGAUUUCAUGCAAGACUCAUGCAAUAUUGCAGGGAUUAUUUAAAUUAUAGCGUUGAAAUUGAAAGGGUCAGUUCUUGGGGAUACCUGCAACCAGAUGGAACCGUUGACGGUUUGGCUGGCCAACUGUGGCUUCAUAAAGCAGAUUUUGGUUCUUCACCAUUGUUUGUUAAAGAAGAACGUGCCAGAGUUUUGAGUUAUGGACGAAAAACUUGGAACCUAAAGGGUGCUUUUUUUCUGAGAAAUCCAAAAUCCCGAAAAUCCUAUCAAAUAUUUAUCAAGCCCCUUUCUCUGAAAGUAUGGAUAUGCAUUUUUAUGUCUUCAAUUUUAUCAGUUUACUCUCAGAGAUUGGGUUUUUUGUUAGAUAAACAAAUUGACAAGAUGUUCCUUAAAAAUGAGAAUGUUGACUCUACAUGGAGCUUUAGUACGGUUUGUACUUUUGGAGCUUUUUGUCAACAAGGUAUUGUUUCAUAUCCAAACUCAUUUAGUGGCAGGGCAGCCGCCUUUGUAACGCUUUUGCUUGGUUUACUUAUAUACCAGUUUUAUUCUGCAAGUUUAGUGUCUUUUUUGCUUAAUGUACCCACAACUGUGAUGAACACUGUCCAGGAUAUCUUGGACAAUCACUUCAAUAUCGGAUGUGAGGAUGUUUUAUAUGUUAAAGAUAUUCUUAAGUCUGCUACUGAUAAUGUUACCAAAGAAGUUUACAGAAGACUGCAAGAAAUGUCGCUCAAAGAUAACCAAACUGGCUUUAUGACACCCAAAGAAGGUCUACAGUUGGUUAAAAAUGGUCAAUACGCUUUUCAAGCUGAACUAGUCUCAGGCUACCCGAUAAUUGAGAAGAAUUUUAGUGAAUCCAUGAUUUGUGAACUGAAGGAAAUACCAAUGUAUAAAACCAGAUAUAUGCAUGCUAAUUAUCAAAAAUGGUCACCAUUUAAAGACAUUCUUGACGUAUGUUUACAAAGAUUAGGUGAAAACGGAGUCAUAGCAAGAGAACUAACAUUUUGGUACCCAAGAAAACCAAAAUGUAUCAGAUCGGCAUCUACUAUUAACAUAAACACUGGCCUGAAUGACUUUUAUCCGGCCCUUGGAGUGGUUGUAAUUGGAAUGGUUUUAAGUAUGAAUAUUUUGUUGAUUGAAAUUAUCUGGCAUUAUUGGACUGAGCAGAAACAACUAGAUGUUGAAAAUGUGGUUUUCCCUUAUGCAAACUGA